AUGACCAACUUCAACAUCCAGAUCAUCUCUGACACGGUGUGUCCGUGGUGCUACGUCGGCUACCGCCGCCUCAGCCGGGCCAUUGCCCAGCACAAAACCUCCCACCCAAGCGACACCUUCACCCUCAGCUGGCACGCCUUCUACCUGCACCCGGAGGGGCCGGGCUACCCGGGCCUCGACAAGCGGGAGUCCUUCCGCAAGAAGUUCGGCCAGCAGCGGGCCAGUGCCAUCAUCGAGCGGCUGACCGCGGUCGGCAAGACCGAGGACAUCGACUUCAGUUUCGGCGGCCGCACCGGCAACACCCGCGACUCGCAUCGCCUGCUGUGGUGGGCCGGCCAGAAGGAGAAGGCCGAAGCUAGCAGCAGCACCGCCGUCGCCGACAAAGGCUUGGUCGGCGGAUUGCAGACCCGCGUCGUUGAGAAGCUGUUCCGCGCCUACUUCGAGGAUGAGAAGAACAUCACCGAUCCCGCCGUAUUGACCGAGGCCGCCGUCGGAGCGGGCUUGGACAAGACCGCCGUCGAGAAGUUCCUCGCCUCCGAGGACGGCGGCAAGGAGGUCGACGUCGAGGCCUAUGUUGCCCAGCGCCAGUUGGUCACCGGGGUCCCCUACUUCAUGAUCAAUGGCGAGUAUGCGGUGCCCGGGGCGGAUGAGCCCGAGACUUUCUUGGAGGUAUUCGACAAGGUGAAGAGUGGUUGA